AUGGAUGAGGAUUUCUUUUCGUCGCUGGAAGAGGCCAAUUACCUGUGCCACGAGUCUCCCGCCAAGAGCUCGUGCUUCAGCUUGAAGCUGUCGGAGUCAACGAUUCUGCACAAACAUUGGGAAAAGCGUCGUGCUGUGCGAACCAAAGUCGUCGUCACUUUGAGCUUGUUGCUGUUGGCGGGCGUGGGGACUGCAGCUCUGUCUACUUCGGUAGAUGCAACUGCGUUUACGAUGAAGAUGCGUGGCGCGCACCCAAUAUUUCGUGGCAAGGCGAGUGAGGUCUACGCUGGUGACGAUACCCCAGAGUUCGAAGACGCCAUCCUUGCUGCAGACGAAACGGACAGUCAGCUCGAAACGGACUACGCACUGGAUGAAGACGAACUCGACCCGCAAGUACACAAAUACAGUCAGUCGCCGUACCUUGCACAGUCGACAUCCACACUACGUACCAUCUGGAAAAACUCGUCGAGGUUCUUCACGUGUUCUCCCGUAGUGGAAAUGCUUGAUAACUGGCAGGAAAUCUCGGAGUUGGAACGGAAAUUUCUCCGUCAUGACAACUUUGGCUUCAAAGUCUUUGUGCAUUCGACGCGCAGUGGGUACAAGUGUCAGACUCCGGGUAAAAAAGUGAAAGGUGUGGGUACAUUCCGCUGUACCGGUACAGUCGUGCACCUCCAAUUCGGCACCGGUAUCAGUCGAUACCCUGCCAGAUUUUAUGAUUACGCGAAUCGGAUGCGCAAUUACCUUUGCCCAUCACCACCCUAG